AUGUAUCUCCAGAUACUACAGCAGCAUCCUUUCCUGCGUUUUGUCGGCCUGACCCUGGCGUACCUGGCCGCGCUCGCCGUCUAUCGCCUAUACUUUAGCCCUCUCCGCAAAUUCCCCGGGCCGAAACUUGCCGCGGUGACCAGGCUGCCGUUCCUGUGGCAUUCUCUGAACGGAGAUCUGAUAUUCUGGGUCCAAGACCUUCAUUCGCGAUACGGCGAAGUGAUUCGAAUCGCGCCGGACGAGCUCAGCUACUCCACCGGAGAGGCGUGGAAGGAUAUCUAUCAACAACUAACCCUGAAGGACCUCCGAUUUUAUGGACGGGCUCAUCUCAACAACAUCCCUGACAUCAUCCGCGCAGAUAAUGCGGACCAUGCCCGGUUUCGCCGCAAUUUCUCUCGCGCAUUCUCGGAUCGAGCGUUGAGAGAGCAGGAGGCUCUCAUCCGGCAAUAUGUCGAUCUUCUGGUCCACAAGCUGGACGCGGUCGCGCGAGAGGAUCCGAAAACAAAAGUUGACCUGGUCCGGAUGUACAACUUCACCACGUUCGACGUGAUGGGUGACCUGACCUUUGGCGAGCCGCUGGGCUUGCUGCACGGGUCGGAGUACAACGCAUGGGUGUCGCUGAUCUUCGCAUCGCUGAAGACCACCACCUUUCUCCAGACGUCGCGGUAUCUACCCUGGUUAGGAUUUCUGUUCUCUGUCCUUAUCCCCAAGUCGAUGGUUGAGAAAAAGCGGGCUCAUUUGCAGUAUUGUAUCGAGCGCGUGGACCGACGGCUGGCCAAGAAGAGCCCCCGGCCAGACAUCUGGGGUCUGGUGCUCAGCCGGCCCGAGGGAGAUGACUUGCGCCUGAGCUUGGAUGAGAUGUACGCGAACUCGAUCACCUUCAUGAUCGCCGGAACGGAGACUACGGCUACCCUCCUGAGCGGACUGACCUAUCACCUCCUGAUGAAUCCGGCCAAACUGGAGCGGUUAACGCGGGAAAUCCGGGGAGCGUUCGCGUCGGACGAAGAGAUCACCUUUGCCAAGUUGCUGCAACUGGAAUACCUCCAAGCCUGUCUGGAGGAAGGGCUGAGGAUGUAUCCGCCGGUGCCAGUUGGCCUGCCUCGAGUCACGCCGCCCGAGGGGAUGCUAACAACCGUCUCAGUCAACCAGUGGGCCACCUACCGCAAUCCGCAAAAUUUCAAAGACCCCAAUUCCUUUCACCCGGAGCGCUGGCUGUCUGACAGCAAGUCCUUCGCCUCAGACAAGAAGAAGUACCUGCAGCCAUUUUCCACUGGACCACGCAACUGCCUAGGACAGACACGACGACGGCUGAUUUUGACUUCUGGCAGUCUUGCAUACCACGAGAUGCGCCUGAUCCUGGCCAAAGUCCUGUGGCACUUCGACCUGUCGCUUUGCGACGAGAGUGCGGACUGGGCGGACCAGAAGGUGUAUAUGCUGUGGGAGAAGAAGCCGCUGAUGGUAGGUACGGUGUAUCUUAUCGUAUACGAUCUUACGAGCUUGCUGCCUGUCUGUUUGUCUGUUGUCGGCUUGACUGACCCAUCCAUCCAUCUAUCCAUUCAUCCAUCAAGUGGACAAGUAUAUGACGAGACAAGCACAGAUCCAGUAACUCAGUCAGUAAAGAUCAGAGCUCUGCAUCAAGAGACGUCCCUAGCUAUCUGGCGAUGA